UGCUCCUUUAACCCUAUAAAAUCCCACCUUUAACAACAAAGUUUGCACCACAAUUAAUCUCAAAUACUCUCCUUAAGCUUCUGCUAUACUACUAUUAUAAUCAGAAGCUGUCAGGAUUUUAGACAUGGCUUCAAAAACCUCAGCAUCACUUGCCCUCUUCUUCGCAUUCAACAUUCUCUUCUUUACCCUAGUCACUGCAUGUAGCUCUUGCCCUAAACCAAAGCCAACCCCCGGCUCGGGAUCUGGCUCUGGAUCAGGGUCGGGAUCAGGCUCUGGAUCAGGCUCAGGAUCAGGGUCGGGAUCAGGUUCAGGAUCAGGCUCCGGAUCAGGCUCAGGAUCAGGCACGGGAACAGCUAACUGCCCUAGGGAUGCUGUUAAACUAGGUGUAUGCGCUGAUGUGCUUGGUUCCCUGCUGAAUGUGACGGUUGGCGCACCACCUGUAACUCCAUGCUGUUCUCUCAUUCAAGGCCUUGUUGAUCUUGAGGCUGCAGUUUGCCUUUGCACUGUCAUCAGAGGCAACAUUUUGGGUCUCAAGCUUAAUCUCCCAGUAUCGCUCAGCUUACUUUUGAACGUCUGUUCUAGGAGAGCUCCCCCUGGCUUCCAGUGUGCCUAGUAAUAUUUCUAUUUCUUUGUUUCCAACUUCUAAGAUUAUAAGUUAUGCAUUAUCGUGUCGUUUGCUGCCAGUUUAACUCUCGUUGUGAUGGUGUGAUGGUAUUCUGAUUGUGGGCUGAUGCUGAAUAAGUUUGUCUUGCUUCCGUUGUUACUUGUCGCUAUUGUGCUUCUCUUGAAAAUAAUAUUCAACAUGGUUUAUACGUGUUUAUUAUAAACAUGUCGAUUGUUUUCUUGA